AUUCGUAUGUAAGUUGGUUUUAAGGUAAGUUAAUUAUACGACUUACCUUAAAAAUGGUGCUCAGUAGAAUACUUUUAUUUUCUGUUUUCCUAAUAAUCGUAGGAAGUGAAAAGAUACGUUAUGAUUCAUUUAAAGGGUGUCCAAUAAGUGACAAGGAAUAUAAAGAAACUAUAAAGAGGAACACCACGUUCUGGUGUGUAAACGAAAUCGAACCGUGCGAUCCGGAUGAGGGUAGACGUGUGGAUGGCUCGUGCAACAAUCUGAAACAUCCAACCAGAGGUGCAACGCACACACCCUUCUAUAGAAUACUGCCAGCUGAAUAUGAUACAGAUGAUGGUAAGUUUGAACCUCGCAAGGCAAGUGACGGUGGUCCGCUGCCACUGGCCAGGUACCUUCGCACGAGUUUCCUUGCCGAAGGAAAAGUUCCCGAUCCAGUAUUUACGCAGCUUCUCACACACAUUCUGGCCUUCGUUGUUAGCGAUGUUCUAUCGCUUCAGGAUACUGUAAAUUAUAUAGUUUGGAGGCCAUACUGCUGUCUCCCGAAAGGCAAAACCGACCCUAACUGCGUUCCCAAUGAGGUUCCUGUCGACGAUCCGGUACACAGGUUCUCUGGUAUUCGUUGUUUCAACAUGACCAGGCCGGAGUCUUUCCAGUCUAUGGGAUGUAUCAAAAACGGCACAGUACCAGAAAGGAUCAUAUCUUCAACACCAAUGAUGGACUUGUCGCAAAUGUACGGUAACCUUUACGAAAAUUUGGCAAAAAAUGGCAGAAAAUUCGAGAAAGGCUUGCUCAAAUACGAGGUGGAAGACGAUAGAAUAUGGCCGCCGAGUACUAAAACCAAAGUUGACUUGUGUCUGUUGAAUCAAAAACCUGUUGAAAAGAGAUGUCACGCAACUCCUGAAGAUGGCAGUAACACCCUACUCGGAAUCAAUCUCUUUAGCAUUUGGUUCUGGCGUAACCAUAACCGAAUGGCCAAUGCUCUUUCUGAACUUAAUCCUGCCUGGGACGACGAGAAAUUGUUCUACACUGCAAGAGAUAUCAAUAUAGCUACUUGGACACAAAUCGUAUAUUAUGAGUUGUUGCCACUUCUCAUGGGAAGAGAUAACUUAAUAAGAGAUAGCGUGAUUAUGUCAACCCCAGGCUUUAGAGAUCUAUAUAACGAAGAGAAACUACCUCAGAUUGCUUUGGAAUAUCCAUUAGUUACAAGAUGGUUCCAUGUCAUGCAAGAAGGAGCUUUGAAAUUAUACGAUCAAGAUGGAUACUAUCUUAGAGAUUUUCCAAUCGUAAACCUGACUCUAAGAACGGGCUGGUUGGCUGUAGAUGAUAAUAUAGACUAUAUUACACAAGGCAGUUUUAGGCAAGCUUGUGGUAAAGCAGACUACAUUGUUGAUCCCGACAUGUCUGAAGUCGGCUUGGGACCUCACCAACGUGCAAAUGAUGUACUGACCAGCGACUUAGCCAAAAAUAGAUAUUUUGGAUUCAAGCCAUACGUGGCUUAUAGAGAAUGGUGUUUUGGCAGAUCUUAUGAUGACUUUGAUGAUCUGAAAGAAGCUUUUGAUCCUGAGAGACUGGAACUACUUAAAGAGCGCUACAAGUCAGUAGAAGAUAUCGAUCUUAUGGCUGGGUUGUGGCUAGAGAAACAUGUGGAAGGAGGAUAUAUUCCAGAGACACUCUACUGCAUCAUGUCAGAGCAAUUGAUUCGUUUCGUAGUCUCUGACAGACACUGGUACGAGAGACCAAAUAGGCCGCACGCUUUCACAGCUGAUCAACUAUUAGAGAUUAGGAAAGCUUCCGUAUCAAGAUUGCUGUGUGAUGUGGGCGACAAGGUAUCAGAAAUACAGCCGCAGGGAUUCGUUAGAGCUGGACCUAAAAAUAAAAUCUGCAGCUGCGAGGAAAUACCAAAAAUAGAUUUGAGCGCUUGGAAAGAUUCGGGUUGUAAAAACCAUUGUCAUUAUAGAAAUAGGAAAUAAUAGUGCUGGCACUUAAAUAAUAUUUCAUAAAUAAUAUUAUAUAAAUAUGAAAACUGUGUUAUUCAAAUUUAUGUUAACUUUAUUUUGUGUUUUUCAUUGUAUUUCAUUGAAUAAUGAAAAUGUCCACACAUUAUUAGGAUAAUAAUGUUUAAAACUUGUGACAUAAAAUUAUAUUCCAGGUUUAUUUUGUUUACUAAAUAAUAUAAUUCAUUUUGGUUGUAAAAAAAUAAACUUUGUAACACAAUU